AUGCCUAAAUUGUGUGAAAAAAUAAAUCAAUUCUUAAGAUAACAUGUUGUUGAGAAAUAUCUUCCUUUAACAUCACUUGUUUGGAAUACUAAAAUCACUCCCUUAUAAAAUUAAAGUCAUGCUAUGGAUUAUUCAACAAUCUAUGUUAAAGUUCAUCAGUAUUAAUUUUUAUUAAGCUAGACAUUAUUUAAGGGAAAUGACAAGAUAAUAAAUAAUUAAUAAAUAACAUCAAUAAAUUACUUAAGUCCAAGAAGGAGGACUCACAGAUUUUAGUAAAUUUCAUAAUAAUUAUUGUAGUAUAAAAUAAAAAUCAAUAACGAAUAUUUAUCAUUCCAACAUUUGAUAGACAAUUAAGUGAAUCAAAUAGUACCACUUAAAUACAUGCAUUAUAAUUGAUAAAUUAAAAAGAAUUAGAAACUACUUACUUUAGUUUAGAGGAUAUUGAAACAACAUACAGUUCCUAUCCAGAGGAAUUAAAUUACAGUUUCAUUGAUGAAAGUCUAAUACAAACAUAAUGAAU